UUGUAAAGUAUAUUUACAAUCUGUUUAUUUUAAUAUUAGCAACUGCGGUUGUUUUGUUUCCCAAGAGGUUUUUUGUUGGAAAUGCAAACCUCAAAGCUGGUCGUCUUGGGAAUUCCAAAUGAUAUUUAGAUGAUGUUGCUAUAAAGUUCUGUUAUUAAUAGUGAAGAGUUCAAGAGCGAAGUGAUAUGUAUUCAAUGGAAACUUCGGUAUACAAUGAUGACAUAACAUUGGAUAAAUAUUUAACUAAACGCCUCGACGAGGGAGUAUCGUAUAUCGAGAUUGCUGCGGAAAUUGGGAAUUUGCUUUUGGAAAGAAACGAGAAUCUGCUUUUGAAAUUGCAAACAUACGAAGAUAAACUCCUCGACAAAGACAUGAAAAUAACGAUGCUCACCAAGCAAUCGGUGUCUCUGCAGCAAAUAAACGAAAUGCAAUGGAGGGAUUGCGACCAGUUGGAAAAUAAUUGCCGGAGUCUGCAGGAGAUAAACGAAGAAUUGAACGUUGAAAAUAAAAACAAGAACAAAGACAUCGUGAAUCUGAAAAACAACAUUCGAAAUUUGGAGAUGCUGUCCGAGAAUUAUAAAGCGAAAAUAAGCAUAUUGCAUGAAAAGCUUAGGAAGUCCGAAAUCAAAGUUGUGUACGAGGAGAAAGUUGUGGAAGUUGUACGUCCAUGCAACAUCAAUCUUGACGAUUAUGUACGAUCUGAGGUUGUUGACGAGUACAAAAAUAUAAUCGAGCAUUUGGAAACAGAUCUUAAGAACAUAUUAAUCAAAUAUAAAGCUUUGGAGGAUCAACUAAGCGCCAUGGAAUUAUCGAAUGUUAGCGCAAUGUCCAAAACCUCCAUAUGCAACUGCAAGGAACAUCUGACUAUGUUAGAUUAUAUUGAAGAGGAUGACAGCGUGUUGGAAUCUGUUGAUUGCUUUUUCAACGGAGUUGAUUAUAUGUCAACACCGCCGAAGAAGCAGCUUAUUUUGUAUGGAGAUGAGGAAAGGAAGACCACAUGCGAAAAAGCGGUGCAAACGGAUUCAAUCCUCAAAGAGACUGCUCGUCGCGAGAAUCUGGCGAACUUGUGCACGAAGCACAAAUUUCUCAGAGUACUGCGGGCUUUCCUCCGGCAAGUGAAUCCAGUUAUUCGCCCGACGCAGAUAGUUAUGACACUGCUGCCCAUAACUAAUUGUAUCGCAAGAAAUAUUAAAGCAGUUCUGUACCCUACCAAAAAUGUAAAGAAAAAAUAAUAAAUUUAAUUUGUUUCUUAUCAUCCAAAUAACUUGAUCAACUAAUAUUGUAUAUAUUUUAUAAUUAAUGUAAAUAUUUGACAAUGUCAUUGAAAUGUGUGAUUAUUAUGUGAUAAAUUGACAUCAUUUAAAUAACAGCUAUCUUUAAUCAUUAUUCCAAAAAAAAAUAAUCCAAAUAUCCAAU